GGGACCGUGGGAGCAGCGGGCUGGUCCACACCGGGAACGCUGGCAGGAGGACCCUGGUCUGCAUCUGCGGUUGCCAGGUAGGCGGAUGCGAGAAGCUCGAUCCUCCUGAUUGUCUAGAGGCCACCCCGCCGCCGCCGGCACCAUGCUGUCCCCUCAGAGGGCUUUACUCUGCAACCUCAACCACAUCCACCUCCAGCAUGUCUCUCUGGGUCUGCAUUUGUCCCGCCGUCCAGAGCUACGGGAGGGGCCCCUGAGCACAUCCCCUCCCCCAGGGGAUACCGGGGGCAAAGAGAGCCGGGGUCCCUGCAGCGGGACCCUGGUGGACGCCAAUUCCAACAGCCCGGCCGUGCCCUGCCGAUGCUGCCAGGAACACCGGCCGGGCCUAGAAAACGAGCAGGACCCCGCACAGGAGGACGAGGGGGCUACUUCUCCCUCGGACCCCGGCUGCUCCUCCUCUCUCAGCUCUUGCUCAGAUCUGAGCCCCGACGAGUCCCCCAAUUCAGUCUACUCGCGAGACCUCCCCGGUGAAGAGGAUGCCCACCCUCAGGCCAGCAUCGCCCCCCUGGAGCCGACCCCCCCACAGGUUUCCCAGGGCCCCGGGGCCUGCUCCCCGGACAGCUUCUGCUGCUCCCCUGAUUCUUGCUCCGGAGCAUCCUCCCCACCCGGCCCUGGCCUGGACUCCAACUGCAACGCCCUGACCACCUGCCAGGACCGCCCUUCCUCGGGAGUGGAGGAAGAGGACGAGGGCCGGGAGCAAGAGCUCCCCAUUUCAGAGCUCACAGAGGCGGAUGACGGGAAGAUCGAGGCCGGUAAGACCGAACCCAGUUGGAAAAUCAACCCCAUUUGGAAAAUCGACACAGAGAAAACGGAAGCUGACUGGAAAAUCACUGAGAACAAUAACUCUGGUUGGAAAAUCAAUGGGAACACUAACUCCAGCUGGAAAACGGAACCCGGAAAAUUCGACUCCGGUUGGAAAACCAACCCAGGAAUAACUGAUUCUGGCUCAAAAACAGAUGCAGGGAGAAUUGAUGGGGAAUGGCGAAGUGACGUCAGCGAGGAGCCGGUGCCCCACCGGACAAUCACGUCCUUCCACGAGCUGGCCCAGAAGCGCAAGCGGGGCCCGGGGUGGCCCCUGGUGCCGCAGGCCAGGAAAGACCGCAGCGACUGGCUGAUCGUCUUCUCGCCCGACACCGAGCUGCCCCCCGCCGGGUCGCUGGGCAGCUCGCCCCCGCCUCGGGAAGUCACCACCUUCAAGGAACUCAGGGCCCGAAGCCGGGCCCCGCCCCCACCCCUCCCGCCCCGGGACCCCCCAGCCGGCUGGGCCUUGGUCCCGUCCCGCCCCCCGCCCCCACCCGUCCCGCCCCGGAGGAAGAAGAACCGCCCUGGGCUGCAGCCCAUCGCGGAAGGGCAGCCCGAGGAGGGCAGGGCGGGCAGCCCGGUGGCCGGCCAGGAGCACCCAGCCGCGAGGGAACCCGAGGAGCCCGGCGCGCGGGCCGGCCUGGAGGUCCGCAGUUCCUGGUCUUUUGCCGGUGUCCCCGGGGCCCAGCGACGGUGGAUGGCAGAAGCCCGGAGUGGGACUGGCCAGCUUCAGGAGCAGAAGAAAGGUCUCCUGAUAGCUGUCAGCGCCUCGGUGGAUAAAAUAAUCUCGCACUUUGGGGCUGCUCGGAACUUGGUUCAGAAGGCCCAGUUGGGGGACAGCCGGCUGAGCCCAGACGUGGGGCACCUGGUGCUGACCACUCUCUGUCCAGCCCUCCACGCCCUGGUGGCCGAUGGGCUGAAGCCUUUCCGGAAGGACCUCAUCACAGGGCAGCGCAGGAGCAGCCCCUGGAGUGUGGUGGGGGCCUCUGUAAAGCCUGGCUCCAGCACCCGGGGCCUGGGCGCCCUAUAUAGCCAGGUUAGCCGCCUGGCCCCCCUGAGCAGCAGCCGGAGCCGCUUCCACGCCUUCAUUCUGGGUCUCCUCAACACUAAGCAGUUGGAACUCUGGUUUUCCAGUCUCCAGGAAGAUGCAGGCCUGCUGUCCCUCCUGUACCUGCCCACCGGCUUCUUCUCCCUGGCCCAAGGCGGCUGCCCUGCCCUGUCCACAGAGCUGCUGCUGCUGCUGCAGCCACUGUCGGUACUCACCUUCCACCUGGACCUGCUCUUUGAACACCACCACCACCUGCCCCUGGGCCCGCCCCCUGCCCCGGCCCCGCCGGACUCACCUCCUGCGCUGCAGCAGACCGUGCAAGCCAUGCUGCACUGGGGGGGGCGGCUGGCUCAGAGUCUUCGGGGGGCUUCUGGGGAGGCCUCUCCAGCUCCUUCAGCCCCCUCAAGCUCUCCCACACCGGGAAGCUGGUGGGAGCAGCUGACCCAGGCCUCCCGGGUCUAUGCCUCUGGGGGCACCGAGGGCUUUCCUCUUCCCCGGUGGGGAUGCAGGCGUCCUGGGGUCGCAGCUGAGGGCGCACAAGAGAGGACCCCGCCCCCAGAAGAAGCCACACCAGGCAGAGGCCCAGACAGAGGCUUGUGGCUGGGGAGACUGUUUGGAGUGCCUGGGGGCCUCACAGAAACUGAGAGUGGAGUCCUAAAGUCCAGGAGACCCUCCAGCUGGCUGUCCCCAACGGUGAACGUGUUAGCUCUGGUGAAGCGGGGGCCACCUUCUGACACUCCCUCCUUUCCUGAGGAGCUUGAGGCCUCAGUAGACAGCUUGGUGCAGACCCACAGGGCAGUCCGGGCGCUCUGUGACCACACUGCUGCAGGACCUGACCAGCUGAGCUUCCGGCGGGGGGAAGUGCUGCAUGUCAUCGCCACUGUGGACGAGGACUGGCUUCGCUGUGGGCGGGAGGGAGUGGAGGGGCUGGUGCCCGUGGGGUACACCUCUCUUGUUCUCUAGGCCUGGGACCUUUUCCUGCAAAUGUCUCUCCCUAUCAUCCGAGAAGUGGAAUGGCCGGAGAACACUAACCUAUGUAAACGGAUCCCCCCUGAAGCACUCCUUGUCUGCAAAUGACACUUGCCCCCCACACCCAUUUCUGAUAAUAUAUAAAAUACUUUCCUUUUUUCUGCCCAUGCCCAUCUGUAAGGUGAAAUUUACAAAUCUAUAAAGAGAAAUGUCCCUCCAUGCAAUCUCUUUUCUUUCCCACGUGCAUAAGGGGAAGUCUCCCUAUCUGCAAAAUGGAAAGCUAGCCCCACCUCUACCCUCUCCAUCUGUAAGUGAACUGUGCCAGUACAGUAUACGCCUCAGUUCCCAAGACUAGAGGUGCCUCUAGUCUUCUCCGUGUAUGGAAUCUCCCCCCAUUGCACCCCACCCCCCCCACGUUGCCUGUAUUUAUUAUGUACUCAUGCUGUACUAGGUGCUGACGUCUGGACACCCCUGGUGGGUGGCCUGUGCUAUUGGUCUGCCUCCUUCCUCUUUUGUCCCAAUAAAGCGUGGGAGUUAAAUGUGUGCGCGCGUGUCACUGUUAGUUUCAGGAUGUAAU